AUGAAUCAAGAUAAUGAUGGAAGUGAAAAUGAAGUUUCUCAGACUUAAAAAUAAUAGGAGUAACUAUAGAAACCUGUACAGAUUAAAAAAGAAUAUGAAGAUUCAAUUAAUGGUUUAAACAAAUAAUUGAAUUUGGCUGAUCAAUAAUUCUCUUAAUUGAUUGAUGGAAUUAGAUCUAAAUGUCAGAAAUCUACACAAUAAUUUCUUGACCUAAAUCCUGAUUACAUGGAUUCCUUCUUUUCAGAAAAGAUAAAAUUUAAUUUAUUUGAAUAACAUAUCUAAUUAAUCUAAUAAUCCAUAAAGGCUUUUUAAGAUACAAUUGAAAAAUUAUAAAUUGACUUUAAAUUAACUGAAUCAGAUGUUUAUCAAGUGUCCAAUCUAGAUAUUAAUAAAUCAGAAGAACUAUAUAAAACAGGUAAUUUAAUCGAUAAAAUUAGGCUAUAAACUAUAUUUGGACGAUGACAAUUAUGAAAAGGCGAUUACAGUUCUUGAUGAAUCAAUAUUUAAUAACCCAAAACAUAAACUAUCAUUGUGGUGUAAAGGUAUGAUAAUUAACUAAUAUUAAAGCUGAGAGUUUAAAAAUGAUUGGUUAAUAUGACGAAGCGAUUUUUUGGGUAGAUUAAGCGUUGGAAAUAGAUUCAGCGCAUUGUUAUUCAUUAUAUUGCAAAGGUUUGAUUAUUAUAUAUUGUGAUAGCGGAGAGCUUAAAAAUGAUUGGUAAAUAUGCUGAAUCAAUCUUUUGGGCAGAUAAAGCAUUGAAAGUAGAUCCAGAUCAUUGUCUUUCAUUAUAUUGCAAAGGUAUGAUUAUUAUCUAAUGUGUUAGCGGAAAAUUUAAAGUUGCUUUGUAAAUAUGAUGAUGCAAUAAUUUGGGCAGAUAAAGCGCUGCAAAUAGAUCCAAAUCAUAGUUAUUCAUUAUGGUGCAAAGGUAUAACUAUUAUUUUCAAGUAAUAGCUGAGAGUUUAAAGUUGCUUCAUAAUUAUAGUGAAGCAAUCAAUUUUGCAGAUUAAGCAUUGCUAAUUAAUCCUAAUCAUCUUAAUUCAUUACAUUGCAAAAGUAUGAUUGUUAAAAAAUAUUAUAGCCGAGAGUUUAAUGAUGCUUGGUAAGUAUACUGAUGCAAUCGACUGGGCUGAUGAAGCAUUGAAAGUAGAUCAAAAUCAUUAUUAUUCAUUAUAUUGCAAAGGUAAGAUUAAAUUAAAUGUGUUAGCAAUGAGUUUAAUAUAUCUUUAUUAAUUCCCUGAAGCUAUGAUUUAGGUCGAUAAGGCGUUGCAAAAUAAUUCUAAUCAUCUUAAUUCAUUACAUUGCAAAGGUAUGUUUAGUAUUUAAGUGUUAGCACAGUGUUUAAGAAUGCUUGAGUAAUUUAAAGAAGCAAUCUUUUGGUCAGAUGAAGCAUUGAAAAUAGAUUCAAAACAUUGUGAAUCAUUAUGGUGUAAAGGUAUAAUCAUUAUUUUAUAUGUUAGCCGACAGCCUAAGGUUACUUGACAAAUACGAGUAAGCAAUCGAUUUGGCAGAUCAAGUGUUGCAACUAAAUUCAAAUCAUUGUUUUUCAUUCUAUACCAAAGGUACGAUUAUAAUAUCGAUUUUAGCUGAUAGUGUAAUUACUUUAAUAACAAUUAUUGAUUAUAAGGUUGCUUGGCUAAUAUAAUGAUGCAAUCCUUUUAGCGGAUGAAGGGUUAUAAAUAAAUCCAAAUCAUUGUUAUCUAUUAUGCACAAAAGGUAUCAAAUAUUUUUAUUCUAAGGUAACUCAUUAAGAUAAUUGAAAAUGUUUGAGGAAGCUAUGGAAGUAAUUGAAUCAUCUCUAUAAAUCAAUCAAAAUUGUGUUGGCUCAUUAUUGGCAAAAGGUUUGACUUUUUCUAAUUGAUAGCUUAGUGUUUAAAAGAUCAAAAUUAAUAUUAAAAGGCUAAAAAAAUUUUUGAAGAAGCCUAAAAGUUAAGGCCAAAUGACUCAUGGAUUAAAGAAUAAAUAGGUAAUUUAUCUCUCAAAUAUUCAGAUGCAUGCGAAAAAGCUUAAAUAAAUGAGUGA